CAGCCUCCUUCAUCUUCGUGUGCCCCAUCCCCCGAGCCCGGCCCCUGGCGUCGACAGGACCCACUGGGGGUCGGGAUGCCCGACUCCCCUCGGGGAAGCGCCGAGCCGCUCCGGAGGGUCCCGAAGCCUUCUCACCGCAGCUCCUCCCACCGCGCCCGCGCCCCACACCGCCAGCGCGUGCCCCGCGCGUGCCCGGCGCCCGGCGCCUGCCCGCCGGAGGAGCUACAUCUCGCGCGAGCCCCCGCACAUCUCGCGACACUUCGGCGGGUCCUCCCUGGCCUCAGGUCCUAACCCGGCGGCCGAGCAGACUCUGUCAGGCACGCUACUCGCCGCCGCGGCGGGAGCGCAGUGGAGCCCGCGGUGCGGGAUUGGGGCGCGGCCGCAGGCUCCGCCCCGCCCGCUCCGCCCCACCCCGCCCAGGGCCGCGAGGUAGGCUGCGGCGGGGACAUGCCCCGGCUCCCUCUGCGAGGGCGGAGAGCGCGAGCGGCGGCGCUGCCAGGCGAGUCCAGGUAAUAGAUUCCAAGGAGAUAUGGAUUCCUUUCAACUCAGAUGAUUCCCAACAGCUGGAAGAGGCUCACGGCUCUGGAAAAGAGUGUAAUGAGAGAGUUGUUCCCACGGAUGGGGGCAGAUACGAUGUUCAUUUAGGGGAAAGAAUGCGCUAUGCUGUGUAUUGGGAUGAGCCGCCAUCAGAAGUGAGGCGAUGUACAUGGUUUUACAAGGGAGACAAAGACAAUAAAUAUGUCCCCUACUCAGAGAGCUUCAGCCAAGUUUUGGAGGAAACAUACAUGCUUGCUGUAACUUUGGAUGAAUGGAAAAAGAAACUAGAAUCUCCAAACAGAGAAAUUAUUGUAUUACACAACCCAAAGCUCAUGGUGCAUUACCAGCCAGUUGCAGGGUCUGAUGAAUGGGGUUCAACCUCCACAGAGCAAGGGCGACCAAGAUCAGUAAAAAGAGGAGUUGAGAACAUCCCUGUUGAUAUUCAUUGUGGGGAACCUUUACAAAUAGAUCACUUAGUUUUUGUAGUCCAUGGGAUUGGACCAGCUUGCGAUCUCCGUUUUCGAAGCAUUGUUCAAUGUGUUAAUGAUUUCCGAAAUGUUUCAUUGAACCUGCUACGGACACAUUUUAAGAAAGCCCAAGAAAACCAGCAGAUUGGAAGAGUAGAGUUUCUUCCUGUCAAUUGGCACAGUCCUUUGCAUUCUACCGGGGUGGAUGUAGAUCUGCAGAGGAUAACCCUGCCCAGCAUUAAUCGCCUCAGACACUUCACUAAUGAUACAAUUCUGGAUGUCUUCUUUUACAAUAGUCCCACCUACUGUCAGACUAUCGUGGACACAGUAGCUUCUGAAAUGAACCGAAUAUAUACACUUUUUCUGCAGAGGAACCCUGAUUUCAAAGGGGGUGUAUCCAUUGCUGGUCAUAGUUUAGGUUCGCUUAUAUUGUUUGAUAUCCUAACAAAUCAGAAAGAUUCUUUUGGGGAUAUUGACAGUGAAAAGGGUUCAUUAGGAACUAUUGAGGAUCAAGGAGAUGUGCCGACAUUAGAAGAGGAUCUGAAGAAACUGCAGCUCUCUGAGUUCUCUCCUGUCUUUGAGAAAGAGAAAGUUGAUAAAGCAGCCCUGGCUUUAUGUACAGAAAAAGAUCUUCAGGAAAUGGGAAUUCCCUUAGGACCAAGAAAGAAGAUACUAAACCAUUUCAGGACCAGAAAAAAUUCAAUGGGUGUUAAUAGACCAGCCACAUCUGCUUCAGAGGUAAACAGCCCCAAGGAAAAUGGUGACUAUCUGGAUGUUGGCAUUGGGCAGGUGUCUGUGAAAUAUCCCCGGCUCAACUACAAACCAGAAAUAUUCUUUGCCUUUGGAUCUCCUAUUGGAAUGUUUCUUACUGUCAGAGGAUUAAGAAGAAUUGAUCCUAAUUAUAAAUUUCCCACGUGCAAAGGUUUCUUCAAUAUUUACCAUCCUUUUGAUCCUGUGGCAUAUAGGAUUGAACCAAUGGUGGCCCCGGAAAUAGAAUUUGAGCCAAUGCUGAUCCCGCAUCAUAAAGGCAGGAAGCGGAUGCACCUAGAACUGAGAGAGGGCUUUACCAGGAUGAGUAUGGACCUGAAGAACAACUUGCUGGGUUCGCUGCGGAUGGCCUGGAAGUCUUUCACCAGAGCUCCAUACCCUGCCUUACAAGCUUCAGAGACAGCAGAAGAAACCGAGGCAGAACCUGAAUCAAGUUCAGAGAAGUCCAGUGGCCUGUGCUUAGGUUCUUCUGACUCUUCUCACCCAGAAGUUAACACAGAAGAGACGCCUGUGGAAGUUAAAGAAGACCUACCAAUCAAUGUGGGCAUGCUGAAUGGUGGCCAGCGCAUUGACUAUGUGUUACAGGAGAAGCCCAUUGAGAGUUUCAAUGAAUACUUAUUUGCUUUACAAAGCCAUCUAUGCUAUUGGGAAUCCGAAGAUACAGUAUUGCUGGUUCUCAAAGAGAUCUACCAAACCCAGGGUAUCUUCCUUGAUCAGCCUUUACAGUAAAAAUGGCCCGUCUGUGGCUGCUUAAUAUGGACACUGAGGGACCCUCUCCUGAGAACCCACAGGCCUGUUGCUGCAGCUCUCUUCCCAGCCACGCCCUGUCCUGCAUGUUGCCUGCUGCUUACUCCACAGAAUCGUUAGAAGAUAAUGAGUGAAAAGCAAAAGCAAGAUCAUUGCUUCGUAAGGACACUCGCUAGUUUUUGUAGCUAAGAUGUUUACAUCUUUUAAUGUUUUAACAGCAGUGCUUCCUUAUUAAUUACAUGGAAAAGAAUACAGUCUGUUUAGGGGGGCUUAGACAAAUUAUAGAGAGGUUUACUCAUUUCUUUAGAAGGCGGACCAGUUUGGGUGUGUAUUAAGAUUUAGAGGUACUUAGGGGUCCAGUCUUUUGUGUUCUCUGCACUGGAAGGCUAAGCAUAAAUGGAUAUGGACAUAGCUAUUUUUUUAAGCCAGCGUUUCUUUCCUGUGUGUAUUGUAUGGAGCUAUGACUAUAGCUUACUAAAAAUAUAGCUUGCUCUGAACACUGUCAGCUAGGUUUAUUAUAGGAAUCACUGGUACUGUGUUGUUUUUACAACUGCUUCAGCUUCUGUAAAUGUGAAGAUUGAAUGCCCUUUAUACCAUAUUCCAAACUGGGGGUUAGAUCUGAAUAAGGUAUUUGAUAAUACAUUUGAAGGUGAAGUUGUAAGAUUUGGUCAAUUAUAUGGCCAUUCGCAACUGUUCAUGUUGUAAAUGAGGUCUUUUAGUAGCACAAACUUAAGUCUCCUGCUACUUCCGGUUGAGUAAAGGAAGUAUCUCUAUGUAAACAUUGCCUUCCAGGGUGUCCAAGGUCAAAAUGUUUACUUAGUUGAGCAUGCAGGUUAGCCAGGGAAAGAUAUAUUCGGAAAGAAAACCCUAUUUCCGGGUCUGAGGAGCAACUGUGUGCGCUCUUAGCUGAAUCUGGCAAAAUUAAGGUAGUUAUCUCGAGGAAUACGAGUGGUUGUGUGCGUUUCUCCCAGGGAUCUGCUCGGCUUUAGGCUUUCCCGUCAGCAUGUGCUGUCAUCUUCCUUCUCCAUGAUAGUCCUUUAUGCUCCUCAGACCAACUCCUCAGGUUCCCACGGGCCUCUUAGAGAGUGGCAGGGUGUUUUGAUUUUUGUCUUUGUUUUUCUUUCUGUAAACCUAUCAUGGUAUCCAGGAGUUCUACAUUUAAUAUUCACUGAAACCAUCCCUUAGCAGCGGUCUGUACUCCUUUUGUCCAGAAGAGAGAAGAGGUUAGUCACUGUGUCCUGGAGGUUACGGAGGCAAGCACAGGACACACUCAAGCCUGGCUUUCCCUUUCUCGCUUAUGGAUAAUGCUGGAAAAGCAAGCUACUGAGAAAUGCCAGGUGUAUGGAAUACUUUUUUUUAAACAAUGUCUCUUGAGUAGGAAUUAUUGAGAAUUAAGUAGACUAAUUAAAUACUAAAGGGAUUUUGUCAAGUUGCUGUCUUCAAAUUUGUUUACUCUUGUUCAUAGAAUUGUUAUGACUUAAGAGUAAACCAAAGUACAACCAAGAGUGAGUUCUUGUAACCAAAGAUGGGGGCGGCUUGGCCCUGGAGAGCGGAUAGAGCCCCGUGCUGUGGCAGUCCAGGCAUACAGUAAGAAAGAGCCUGACCCCCACCAUCUGCCUGCGGGGUUUCUCACACAAUGAGUAGGCAGUGAGGCGCUGUGUGUAGCUGUACGGUAUUCGCCCUGCACCAUUUGAAUCACGUGCAAUCUCUUGAUUGAGGCUGUUUUUUCAACUCUAGCAUAACAGCAAUUUUGUCCAGAUUCCUGGCUGCAGUUAGUGAGUCCGUUUCAAGGGAAAUGAAUAGCACCGAUUACCUUUCUGAUAUUUUGCACUUUUGAAAUGUUUGUUUUAUAUGUAAUUAUAUUUAAGACUUUAGUAAAUGCUGAAAUAAAACUAUUGACCAGUUA